CAUCAGCUUAUACGUCCGACCGCCCGACGGCGACAGCGCUCCCUCGCCCCUUCGUUUCUACCACCACCUCUCUUUUUGUUCUUCUCCCUUCUUUUUUGGUGGAGCCCCCUUCGCUUGAGCGAAGAAGUAGGCCGCCGUUUUCAACACCUUUCAUCGCCUGGUGCACUCGGCCGUUUUCUUCUCUUCGAACUCUUCUCGGUCUCUCUGUGAGAGCAGCCCCGCCCGUUUGUUCCCGCUCGACUUGCAGUAUUUCUCGAAUCGCAAACCUCUAAACUUUCAUCAUGGUGUCCAAGAAGCUUAUGGGUGUCUGGGCGUUCCUCGACGUUGCCCUCCUCGCUGGUGGCGCGUUCGCGCUUGCCAUGUCCCUGAUCUGGCGCGCCCCGGAUAUGCUCAGGCAUCUGGUCCUGAGCGACUCUUACCUGAAUGCUGGCCUCGCUGUCGGAAUCUCGAUGAUCAUCACGUUCUUUAUAUCCAUCGGCGGCAUAGUGCAGAAGAACCACGUCACGAUCGGGCUGGUCAUCCUCAACUACUGCCUGGUCGCUGAAGCUAUCAUCGUCCUUGUGAUCGGUACCUUCCUCUGGUACUUCAGCUUGCAAGAGCGCGCCAACUUCCACGAGAUUUGGGCCGCGCAGACGUCGGAUACGCGCAUCAAGCUGCAAGACACGCUGAACUGCUGUGGCUACUUCAACGGAACGGACCUCGCAGAGAUCGGCGGAAGCCACUGUGCAAGCCAGUCCUUCGUCGACGGCUUGAACGUGACCGAUGAGAGCAACUUCUGCGUCUCGAAGAUGACCUCGUACGGCGACAACAUCCUCCUGAACGUCUUCACAACGAUUUACGGCUUCAUGGCUAUCGUCUUGUGCCUGCUUCUGGCCACCAUCUGUGUCAUCAAGAAGCGAGAUGAAGACGAACGCUUCAAGAAGAUUGACGCGAAGCGCGGAGGCAAGGGCUUCGUUUAAACAAGCUACGAUACCCGCCACGACCCCGUCGAAGCCUGCCGCCCCGUCCUUGUCAGCAUUCUUGUACUUUUACGGACCAUUUGCUUGUUGUCCACUCAUACCUGGGACUCUUCGUCACCAUCACCGCCGUCUAGGACUCUUUUGGCAACGUCUUUCAGCACCCCGUUACCGUCUAGAUGCGCUUCUUCGCCUUCGUCACCCUGUGGAUAUCGGUUUGCCAUUGAUCUUAUACUGUACUUUCGAACGUCGAACGCUUGUGUAUAAUACCAGCGUGUCCACUCUUUUUACAUUUACACAACACUUACUUACCGGGCUGGUUCUGUGUACCGCGCUAACCUCCGUACACACAUCCAGAAGAAUAGGAGAGGCAGUAGGGAGCUCAAUAAAAGACUGGAUGGUUGGGCCACAGA